AUGGCGAGCUUGUGUCCCAAUGCAGCCAACCAAUCAGAAUCAGCGGGCGGGGCUUUGGCGCCGGGGCGAGUGCAGGAGCUGCGAGCUCAUUCAGAGUCCGCGCUAACAGGUGACGAUAUGGAGGGUGAAAGGUUAACAGUAACAGUAGAUCAGACACAGCACGGCCGUUUGGGCUUCAGCGUUCGAGGAGGAGCAGAGCACGGCCUAAACAUCUUCAUCAGCAAAGUGGAGCCCAGCAGUGCUGCAGAGCAGGCCGGUCUGUGCGUGGGUGAUAAGCUGCUGGAGGUGAACGGUAUCAGUCUGGAGAACAUCAGCAUGAGCAGUGCAGUAAAGGUCCUAACGGGUCACCGCCGUCUCCGAUUGGUUCUCCAGAGGGUGGGCUGGGUCCCAGGAGUCCGAUACUGCAACGAGAAAACCACCUGGGUAGAUCUGAUCCACAGGAGGAUGGUGGUGGACGAAGGAGGAGCCGCUGUCCCAGACCGUCGCUCAGAUGCAGCUCUGUGUCGGACAGUUCAUCUACAGACGUCCCUCUGUCAGCCGUAUCUGGGGCUCAACAUUCGCGGGGGCACCGAGUACGGCCUCGGCAUCUACGUCUCAAAGCUGGAUCCCGGAGGGCUGGCGGAGCAGGGUGGGAUUAAGAUGGGGGAUCAGAUCCUGUCCGCUAAUGGAGUGAGCUUUGAGGAUGUCACUCACAGCAGAGCGGUGGAAGUCCUGAAAAGCCAAUCACACAUCACACUGAUUAUAAAGGAGGCGGGGAGAUACCCUGCGUAUCAGGAGAUGGUGGCCGAAUACACCUGGAUGGACAAACGGAGCAGUAAAAUGUUCCAUUCCUCCUCUCAGGGCUCAGACUCGCACUCCUCCGCCUCCUCUCUGUCCUCUGGGACGCUCCUAAGCUCCAUGACUGGACUCUCACAGGCCACGCUGCCUCUCUGCCAGCCCUUUGGAGGCCAAAUGGCCGACAUGUCCAGCUUCAUUGAGGGCCAGUUUUCUCUAGACCACUCUGAUGAGGCUGUCCACACAGAGCAAAUGGAAACGAGCUUGAGCCGAGGCCCCACUGAGCUACUGCAGGACUCCGCCAUCCGUUAUGAAGGAGGAGAGGAGAACAGAAGAGAAGGAGAAGAAAAGAAAGAGGGGAGAAAGACGUCUGUCCUGAUGGCUCUAAGCAGGCCUAGUCCACCCGUACACAGGACACUGAGCCACAUGACUGUGUCAGAGGACGAGCAGAGGAAAAAGAAGAGGAAGCAGAGGGAGAGCAGAGAGGAAGGCAGGAGUCCACUGCAGCGCUCCAGAACUUUAUUUGGCCUGCGCUGGAAGAGGAAUUCCUCCAAAUCCCCGUCCAGAUCCGAGCCUGGCUGUGGGACUAAGAAUCAUGGAUUGUCAGACCUGGACUUGCUUACUCAGGUAGAGGAGAUGGCCACUAAACUGCUGGAAGAGGAGGAUGCGGCUGUGGUCAUGGAGAUUUGUAGGCGGUACUCAAGAGAGCAGGAGCUAAAGGCUCUAGUGCUCCCCCUGCUGGCCAUCCUGGACAGGCCAGAGAAGCUCCUGCUUUUGAGGGAGAUCAGAAUGCUCGUCAUUAAGGAUGACCUCCAACAGUUUAACAGUAUGGUGGCUCCCUUUGAAGAAGAGGCCUAUGACGUGCUGAAAAGACGUUCUCGAAGGUCUUCCCCUCUUCGUUCCCCAAAGGCUGGCCACACCCCCAAACGGCACCUUAUUACACCUGUACCUGACCAGCAAGGUGGCUUUGAGCUUCAGGAUGCUGAGGAUCUGGACCGACAGAACCGGCUGCUGGAGGAAUUGAAGCAUCUUCACGUGACUCAGCAACAGGGCGAGAUGUCAGAGGCCUCCAGAUCUUUCUCCCCUCUGCUGGACAUCCCUGUUGACAGCUAUUCUCACUCAGAUUCCCUCAAACCGUCGAGAAAGUCUCCCAUGCUCCCCAACUGGCUGCUGACCAAGAACACGUCUCCUGCCACAGACAACGGCAUGGUCAUCUCAGAUGAAGAUCAGUCUCAUUUGGAAAAUUCCGGCACAAAAAAGUGGAGGUUCCCCUUUAGAAAUGGACAUUCAGAGAAUAAAGCUAACAGGCCAGAAAAUGAGGAACAGGAUGUUUUUUUCACUGUAGUGGACACUACUCGCCCCAAGAGGCCGCUGUUGUCCCAGGUCUUUGGUCCACUCAAGAGAUCACAGAGCUCCACAGUGCCCUCUACAGGACACAGUGGACAAAAGCAGAAGAGUAAACAUGGUCUGGUGCGUUCUGGUUCUGAGGGCAGUCACCAUGAUGGCCAUACUGACCAGGACUAUGAACUCAAAACUGUCAGCAUCAGCAAGACCAAGCAGUCACUUGGGAUCAGCAUUUCUGGUGGCGUGGAGUCCAGGGUGCAGCCUAUGGUCAAAAUAGAGAAGAUUUUUCCAGGAGGGGCUGCAUCUUCUAAUGACAUACUGAAGGGUGGGUUUGAGCUGGUAUCAGUAGAUGGAGUUUCCCUGCAAGGCAUCACUCAUCAAGACGCUGUGGAGAUCAUCCGCCAAGCUUUCAGCAACAAACUAGUGGACCCCAUGGAGCUGGUGGUGAAGGUCCCAAGCACUCCUGAGUCGACUGAGUGAUGGACAACAGUACGCCUUAAACCAGAACACUGAGAGAACAAAGACCCAAGGGAGGGGGUCAGCAGAGUCCUCCUCCGUUCAGACUUUGUUGAAGGCAUUGAAAUGUUUUAGUGAUUGUGGACACAAACAUCCUUUCGGUGCACUGCCACUGCUAUCAUGAGCAAAAUAUGAACGUAUGAGUCAAAAGACAUAGAAGGCUUUCAAAAUAAUAUUUAAAAAAUUGCCUUAAAACUUUAAAUAUUAUGCACAUGUUUGUAUCUCAACAAUCUGUGACAUGUGUUGAUAUUUGUUUGACACCUUUUAAAAUGGUACAGAUUGAGGGGAGACUCCGUUUUAUUACCUGGACAAUUUUAGGUGAU